AGUCAACGUCACGACCAUUCUCGUGGCGUACGAUUCGAAUCGAUUCAUCAAACCGGACACCAUUGCAUUCCUGUCAAUGGUGAUAUUUCCCGCUUUCUGGUCAUCYUUCGGUACCCCGGUGCCGUCUUCGUUCGCAUUCCCAUUCCCAUUCCAAUUCGCAUUCGCAUUCUCACUGGCGCUAUCCACAGCGGCGGUGUUUUCCCCCUCGAGCACACCGAGGAAGACCGAUCGCGGCCUGGUGCACGCGCUGCUCGCAGGAACAACACCCCUCGCUCGGGCACACCCAGGCACGCCCGGCAUCGGCUUCUGGCGAGAGCAGCGAUUCGAUUGCCCAAGAAUGUCUUYGCCCCCGUCGUCCUGGAUCGUGUCCUCCCUGGACGACACCGAGGACGGCGGGCCCCCGCCCACCCGGUCCUCCGCAACGGAACCGGUCCCGRCCCACCUGUUCCUGCACUUUGACAUCAACGAGACGAUUCUCCUGGGGGACGAGGCCGGGGGCGAUUCCCGCCACGAAUCGACGCACAAGAUGCUGGCCAAGUCCGCCUUUUGCCGCAUUCCGGAACCGGAGGCAUCGCGGGCCUCUGGCGACACCACAAAGGUCGACACGAAGGCCCUCACGCCGACCCACUGGUGGGACGGCCAGGAAAUCGGGGGGGAAACCUCCGUUCCGAAGCUCUACACCGGCUUCGAGUGGCCCCCCGGCUGCGUCCCCUAUUACCGGACGGCCUCGAAGAAACACGCCAAGUCCUUUGCCCGAGACGCGAACGACGGCGCGGUCUACAAGCCGGUGCUGGAGGCCUGYGAGGCCGCCCUGGCGSGGGCGCCCACCAUCCAAACAAAACCGACGCGGGACGCGGACGCGGAMGGAACCAAGGGACGCAACGACACGAUUCUCCCGGCGUUCUACGAGACCCUGUGCCACCUGAUCGGCGGCCCGGCACGGGCAGAGGCACAAACCCCUUGCGGAAGCACCGGCGGAAGCAMCRCAGAAGGCGSACGCGAUUCGCAACCUCCGCCACCCUUUACGGUCGUCUUUCGGACCUUUGGAAGCGACCUGCCCGAGAUCGCAGAGAAGGUGACGGCCUUUGCCCGGGGGGAACACCCGGACUAUCCGGGCAUCGAUGCUCCGUCUCUCUGCCUGCCCAGGGACCGGCUGUACCAGGGGCGGUGGAAGGAAGUCGACACCCCGGACGCGGACACGGGCGACGGGCCUUGCGAAGAAGGGUCCCCGCAGAAGGCGGUGUACCAGCUCUGGAACUACCACGACGAAACCGAGCUGGUGGCAUCGGGGGACGCCGAGAUCCUCGAGCUCCUGGGCAGUGGCCACGGGGUGUUUGGGAUCCGCGACGACUACGAUUUCUGGAAGAAGCACGACUACAGCCCCACCGCCGGCAAACCGGUAUGGGUCCCGGAAUACCCGGACACGGGAAGAARCACACCGGGCGCGCUCUAUGGCCACCACCUCCUCUUCGACGACAACAUCCACGGCCUCCCCGACGACGGGAUUGCCUGCGUUCGGAGGGAAUCCGGGGGUUCCUUCGAAAYCGUCUCGGGGGCGGRAACCGCCGCGUACCACGGGGUGMACCUGGUGCGGGUCCCGACGGUCGAGCCGGUCUUGAACCCGCGCUGGUACAUCGAGCAAAUCGCUGGCGCCGGAGAGCGGCUGCGGGACCGGAUGCGUGGUCCGCUCUGACGAACGGAAGGGCACCCCAAAAGGCAACCAACCAACCACGGCAUUGCAUUGCACGG